CAUGUAACUAAUUAUUUAAGUUCGACCGCAGCAUUUGUGGCUGUGUGCUCGAAUUCACAUUCCCUGGCGUGCUCUGAUAUGGCCUUCUUCAACUUCUUCAACUUUAGCGCCGCUGGUUAUUGUACAUGUCUACCGAGCAUUGUUCCGAACAAUCACUACCAUAAGACCAACCUGACAACUCCUGGUUCAAAUUCAAUCCAAGAUACUCACUUUUCAAGGCCAUGUCAUCUCCUAGCAAUUCCAACGCUCAAUCUAGCGAUGCGUCUUCGACGUCCACUUCGGACCCUUCCGAGUCAUCUCUUCGUGGACGAGGAGUCUAUGAAGCGUCCGGCGACGAUGACUCUUCUGUCUUUACUAUGAUAGGAGAUUGGGACACCACUCGUAGCCCUAUGGGUUCUCAAACAGACUUGUCAGGUUCUUUAGAACAAGAUAUGUCUGAGGCCCGUCUUCGUCAACUGUACGACGAGGAAGAAAUUGAACGUUAUCUCCACCUUUUUUCUGCUUAUGUGACGGAAGUGAGAUUACCAGGUGUUUUGCGUAGCAUCAAAGCCAAGCCAUCAAGUAGCUCCCUCCACCUUCCCCGGCCAAAACCGCCGCCACUCCCUCCACGACCAUUUGUUCGUCGUACCUCCGAACAAGCAGAGCCGCCUACACUUUUUCCAUCCGCCAUUCCUCCAAUCUCAGUAGAUCCCUCCUGGUCCGAGCAGAUCGCCAUUAAAUAUAUACUACCAGGUCUUCCACCGACGCCUCAUCCGCCGCCACCCUUCGCUUUAAAGCGCCUGAAACUCACUAGCCAGCGUUUUUUCCUCGCAGUAGUUCCCCCUUACCAGACUUUCUUUCUUUCCAUAGCAAACUUGGCAUUAUGGAGGGACCCACAACGUAGUGGACUAUGUUGCGCGGCAUACUGGGGACUAUGGCUGUAUGACCUUCUUCUCCCGGCACUGAUGUUUCGAAUCCUGUGGGAGAUGCUCAGCCGGAGGCUUCUCCCCUAUCCCACUCUAGAAUCUUUACACAUGCGGCGGAAAGAUUCCGAACGAGCCAGGGAGUUCGGAGACGAAGUUCAUGAUCGCCUAUCGGCGCCUUCGAUGGGGCCCAAGGAUAUAUUUCAGCUUUUCAAAUCUUACAGAUCCGCAGCAAAAAGCAAAAUCAAGCCCCUUGCGAAGGACACAGGGGUACUUCAAACGAGUCUAACUGACGAUGGUGGCGAGGAUGAAGCGGCUACUGUUCUUGAUGACGAUACUCAAGAAGAGCAGGACACCAAACGAGAACUCCUGCACCUUCUCAAUAUUGUCGCUGAUAUUCACGAACGUGUUAAAAACAUUUUCAUCUGGAGACGACCAGCAGUCUCCCAAAGAUAUGCAAUCAUUUUGGCUGUUGUGGCCUGCUGCACCUUGAUUAUUCCUGCGCAUUACUUGGCAAAACUUAUAUAUGGCGGCUGCGGGAUAUUGUUCUGGCAUGUCAUUCCUGUGUUAGCUGCUCUGCCACCAGGCGCUCGAGCGAGACUGCCCGGUCCGUUGGCUGAUGUCCCCACCGAUGCCGACUAUGCUAUAGAAAUAAUUACACAGAGAAUUGCCAGGGGCGAGGAAAUCAAGCCUCCACGCAAGCCUCGCUCUUCGAGUGCUCGUGUUAAUAGCGCAAACGAAGGCGAUCUUUCUGCGAUCCCGUUACCCGACACAUCACUCAGAAGCCAAAUGCAAACUAAUGAUGGUGUUGAUUGGAAGAAAUGGGGAUCGCGUGUCGCGCACGGCAAGUUAUUGCUUAGUGAAGGCAAACGACGCCUUUCUUCUGGACAAGUGAAUACGGUCGGCCUGACGUCCGCAACUUUACGAGACGAAGAAACACAUACAUAUCCUGCACACCACACUUCAGCACCUGGUCUAAUCACACUGACCGCUACCACAGUAUACUUCACAACACUCACAUCACAACAAGCAAAAUUAAUUAUACCUCGCGAGAACCUCUGCGGCGUGAAGAAAACUGGUUUGAUGAAAGGGCUUCUAAUGUCUUGGGUUGACGACGAGGAAGGGCAAAUAGAAGAGAAGUUCCACUGGGUCGGCAAUCGAGAUGAGCUUUUCGCGCGCCUUCUUGGUCCAGAUGGUGCCCGAUGGAUGCGAAUCUGAAGGCUUGACGCGUCGGUGGCUGAAUUAAAACUCAGAGAGCUCCGCGCAAAGGACCAUGCCCUCAGCGGCAUACGCACUUGUAUGCUUCCCCCCCUCCCUCAUAAUUUAUUCGGUCUCUUUGCCUUUACCCGUCUUUCGUAUGUUCAUUGUAUGCACUCUGCCCAUUGAUAUCUUGCUAUUACUGUAACCUAUUUGCUAACGCGAUUUUGUCUUUUAUCUGCCACCGCUCGCUCAUUCUCCAAGGACAUCAAACUGCAGAAUGUUUUUCUCUACCGAACUGUUGUCCAAGAGGGAUAACGGAUUCGGCCUUCUUUGGUGCUGUUAUUGUAUGCUUCAUUGACGAUGGAAUCAUAUCUCAUUGCUUGAUGUCCCAAAUACUAGGCUAGCCGCAACUCUUG